ACUUCAGUGACCCGCUCGUAUCUGGCAGAGCUGGGAGGAAAACUCAUUCGACCAAAAAGUAUUGUUUGUACUUGGUCGGGACUUGCAUUGUGCCAUCCCCUGCGGAUGUGAUGGAAAAACAAAAGGACAAGAAAUACAAAACAGAUAAAGCCUUGCGAUUGCCUAUGAUCCCAGGUGAUGGAAUCCCGAGUAGACUCGAGAAUGAACAACCCGCCAGAAAACGGUAAAUCGUCCGUGGAGAGUGGAGACAGCAGCACAGGCACACAAACGAAUGGUCUGGACUUUCAGAAGCAACCCGUGCCUGUUGGAGGAGCAAUCUCAACAGCCCAGGCCCAGGCUUUCUUCGGACAUCUCCACCAGGUCCAGCUCGCAGGAACAAGUUUACAGGCCGCUGCUCAGACUUUAAAUGUACAGUCUAAAUCUAAUGAAGAAUCGGGGGAUUCCCAGCAGCCAAGCCAGCCUUCCCAGCAGCCUUCUGUGCAGGCAGCCAUCCCGCAGACCCAGCUCAUGCUGGCUGGAGGGCAGAUAACCGGGCUCACUUUGACGCCAGCCCAGCAGCAGUUGCUCCUGCAGCAGGCGCAGGCACAGGCACAGCUGCUGGCCGCUGCAGUACAGCAGCACUCCGCCAGCCAACAGCACAGUGCUGCUGGGGCCACCAUCUCUGCCUCCGCCGCCACUCCCAUGACGCAGAUCCCGCUGUCUCAGCCCAUACAGAUCGCACAGGAUCUGCAACAACUACAGCAACUUCAGCAGCAGAAUCUCAACCUGCAGCAGUUCGUGCUGGUGCAUCCAACCACCAACCUGCAGCCAGCACAGUUCAUCAUCUCACAGACGCCCCAGGGCCAGCAGGGUCUCCUGCAAGCGCAAAAUCUUUUAACGCAACUACCUCAGCAAAGCCAAGCCAACCUCCUGCAGUCGCAGCCAAGCAUCACCCUCACCUCCCAGCCAGCAACCCCAACACGCACAAUAGCUGCAACCCCAAUUCAGACACUUCCACAGAGCCAGGCAACACCAAAGCGAAUCGACACUCCCAGCUUGGAGGAGCCCAGUGACCUUGAGGAGCUUGAGCAGUUUGCCAAGACCUUCAAACAAAGACGAAUCAAACUUGGAUUCACUCAGGGUGAUGUUGGGCUUGCGAUGGGUAAACUGUAUGGAAAUGACUUCAGCCAAACUACCAUCUCUCGCUUUGAAGCCUUGAACCUCAGCUUUAAGAACAUGUGCAAGUUAAAGCCACUUUUGGAGAAGUGGCUCAAUGAUGCAGAGAACCUCUCGUCAGAUUCAGCUCUCUCCAGCCCAAGUGCCCUGAAUUCUCCAGGGCAGGGAAUCGAGGGCUUGAACCGUAGGAGGAAGAAACGCACCAGCAUAGAGACCAACAUCCGUGUGGCCUUAGAGAAGAGUUUCCUGGAGAAUCAAAAGCCUACCUCGGAAGAGAUCACCAUGAUUGCAGAGCAGCUCAACAUGGAGAAAGAGGUGAUUCGAGUUUGGUUUUGUAACCGCCGCCAGAAGGAGAAAAGGAUCAACCCGCCCAGCAGUGGUGGGACCAGCAGCUCGCCUAUCAAAGCAAUUUUCCCCAGCCCAACCUCCCUGGUGGCAACCACGCCAAGCCUUGUGACCAGCAGUGCAGCAACUACCCUCACAGUCAACCCCGUCCUCCCUCUGACCAGCGCUGCAGUAACCAACCUCUCUGUUACAGGCACUACAGACACCACCGCCAACAACACUGCGACCGUGAUUUCCACCGCACCUCCGGCCUCCUCCGCAGUCACUUCCCCCUCGCUGAGCCCCUCCCCUACUGCCUCAGCCUCCACCUCUGAGGCCUCGAGUGCUAGUGAGACCAGCACAACACAGACCACCUCCACUCCUCUGCCCUCUCCUCUCGGGACCAGCCAGGUGAUGGUGACGGCGUCAGGGCUACAAACAGCAGCCGCGGCCGCCCUCCAAGGAGCUGCGCAGUUGCCGGCGAACGCAAGUCUCGCUGCCAUGGCUGCCGCUGCAGGACUGAGCCCAGGUCUGAUGGCACCGUCUCAGUUCGCAGCUGGAGGUGCCUUACUCAGUCUCAACCCAGGGACCCUGGGCGGUGCUCUCAGUCCAGCUCUGAUGAGCAACAGUACACUGGCAACCAUUCAAGCUCUUGCUUCUGGUGGCUCUCUUCCAAUAACGUCAUUGGACGCAACUGGGAACCUGGUCUUUGCCAAUGCGGGAGGAGCCCCCAACAUCGUGACCGCCCCUCUGUUCCUGAACCCCCAGAACCUCUCUCUGCUCACCAGCAACCCGGUUAGCCUGGUCUCUGCCGCCGCAGCCUCCGCGGGGAACUCUGGGCCUGUCGCCAGCCUUCACGCCGCCUCCACCUCCGCUGAGUCCAUCCAGAACACGCUCUUCACAGUGGCCUCUGCCAGUGGGGCUGCCUCCACCACCACCACCGCCUCCAAGGCGCAGUGAGUGCUGCCCGCCUCUUCCAGUGCAGUGCCAUCGGGCAGCCAGCUGGCGACCGCAGGUGCCCUGGCUCCCUCUUGCCACGGUGUGAGGGCGAGGGAGAGGAGAGCAGGAAAGACACGUGCCGGAAAGAAAGGAUGAGGACCGGACUUCAUUUGCCUAAUUUUAUAAUAAAACACUGUCUUUUCAGGAUUGCUUCAUGGAUUGGAGAACUUUCUAACCAAAAAUUAAAAAAAAAAAAAAGCAGAAACAAAAAAUCAAAAACAAACAAAAAAUAAGUGAAAGGACUACUUAUCAUUUCCAGCGGUCACGGUGGCAGUCAAGGUGGGUUACCAAUUCUAAUAUGAGUAGGAAGGAGAUUUCUUGUUUGUCUAAAGUCCUUUUUUUCUUAAAAAAAUCAUUUUUAUGGGUCUGUUGUACAGGCCACUAAGUCAUAACAAGGUGUUUAUAAUCGUAUCAAUUGUGUUGGGGGUUCCUUUCUUAACUGGUACAAUUUAGGCAGGCCCGCGUUACUGUAUCUGUUAUUGUUGUUGUCAUGUUUUAUAUAUAUUUGGUUUGGA